AUGAAGAAAGAAUUUACGUACGCCGUUGCAAUCUUUGCAGCAACGUCUGUGACCUUGAGCACAGAAGCUAGGACCUUAUCAACUAAGACAGCUGAUUGCUCUUCCAUGUCCCCUCAAAACAAUCUUCCAACGGCGACAGUCAGCCAAAUCGGAACUUCUGCUAUCAACGGGCCAUCAAACAAUCCUGGAGCUACAGUCACAGCGUCUGACAAUGUUUCGACAGCGUCAGGAAUAAUUGUGGUGCCGACUUCAGGACCAGCAGUCCUACCGGGAAGCCAAGGUUCUGCUUCGGAAGGUUCCGAGACUAUCCGUACUUCAUCGACUACGAGAGCCUCACCUUCUGGAACUACAAUCGUCCAGGCUCCCACGGCCGGUUCUGAGAAGUUCAACCCUGUGUCCUGGCUGUCGGGAAUUUUGGCUGCCUUGGCAUUGAUUAUGUAG